CCCCUCCUCCCAAGCACAAUAACCCAUUAAGCACUUAAUUUUAAUUUUUUUUUUUUUGUUAUUUUCGGAACAGCUGAUAUAUCCUAUCUCAGAAAAAAAAAAAAUGAAACUCCUCGGAGGCAAAAGGCGCGUUUCUAUGUCUUCACUGUCCCAAAAAUGUUGGUAGAGCACGCGCCACCCCUCUGGAUAAAACCUCUUGUAUUGGACGGCAUUCUUUCUUCGUUAUCUCCCCGCAUUGUGUCUCACCGACUAACUCCGGCCAUCCAACUUCUCAACCCCCACUAUCGCUGGAACUCGUGCAGUACAAUUGCUAUGGCAGCACCCAAAGUUGAUUCAUCGGGCGAGUCAUUGCCGGAACACGCCGCCGGGAAGUGGUACUCAGUACCAGAUCUCCGACCCCGAGAUCACCGUUUCACUGCUCCUCUGGAUUACAGAGAUCCCGCUACUUCCUUAAAGAUCUCCAUUUUCGCUCGGGAAGUCGUUGCUGUUGGUAAAGAAGAUCAACCACUGCCAUACCUCCUGUUUCUGCAAGGUGGACCGGGUUUUGAAUCCCCGAGACCAACUGAAGGCAGUGGAUGGAUACUUAAAGCUUGCGAGGAGUUUCGUGUUAUAUUAAUGGAUCAGAGAGGAACAGGAUUAUCAACUCCGCUGACAACAUCGUCCAUGCUGCAAUUUAAGUCUGCCCGGGAUUUGGCUGAUUACUUGAAACAUUUUCGUGCUGAUAGUAUAGCCAAUGAUGCUGAGUUUAUCCGUGUUCGACUUGUUCCUGGUUCUGGACCUUGGACAGUUUUGGGCCAGAGCUAUGGAGGUUUUUGUGCUGUCACCUAUUUGAGUUUUGCGCCACAAGGAUUGAAACAAGUGCUUCUGACUGGAGGAAUACCUCCAAUUGGAGAUGGAUGCACUGCUGAUACUGUUUAUGGAGCUUGCUUUGAGCAGGUUGCUUAUCAGAAUGAAAAGUACUACAAGAGGUAUCCUCAGGAUAUUGAAGUUGUUCGUGAAGUUGUAAACUAUUUGGCAGAAUCUGAAGGGGGUGGGGUUCCUCUUCCAUCUGGGGGCAUCUUGACCCCAAGGGGGCUGCAACUUCUUGGUCUUUCCGGUUUAGGAUCUAGUGCAGGUUUUGAACGCCUUCAUUAUCUGUAAGCAUCAUAAUUAUGCACCUUUUUUCUCCUAAAAGCUCAGAUUUCUGUGUUAUGUCACGGCAUCCACAUCUUGUUGUAAUCUCUUUAAAACAACUGUAGGUUUGACAAGUAUGCAUUAUUACAUAAUAAGCAUGACAUGAAAAUGCAACCCCUUAAACUAGAUUCUAUAACAUCAUGAUAAGAGUUUAUGGUGCAUACUUAAAUGAGGAAGAAGCAUUUUCUCGUCCUGUUGAAAUAUUCUAGCAACUGACGAAGAUAAACUCAAAGAUUUUAUCAUCAAAAUAAUGAAAUUUUGGGUCACAAUUUAAGUAUAAGACAGAAAGCAAUAUAUGACAAACAAUUUAAACAAAAGUUGGAUGCAAACAAAAUUUAACACUGGUUUUUGGUCCUUUCUAUAAAUCGUCAAACCAUAUACCUUCUUCCCACUGACUGCUAAGUUCUUGAGGCAGAAUUACAUACUAUCAUACCGUAGGAAUUUCACCAAC